AUGGAGUACACGCCACGUACCGCAAUACCGUUUAUGUAUGCUCUUAUGACAUCAAAAUCUACGACAGCAUACAAAAAAAUUUUUGAUUUUUUAUGCACGACGUUUCCAAGCAUAAAGGAGCUGGAUCCCACCAUACAUUUAGAUUUUGAGCUGGCGAGUCGUAAUGCCCUCAAAGAUAUUAUACCCACAUCAACAAUUGUACCCUGUUUGUUCCAUUUUAUGCAAGCCCUUACGAAGAAUGCGGUUAAAAGAGGAGCAAUCAAAAGACUCAGUAAAAAAAACACAAACGCUCGAACGGACACUGACGCUGCUGUUGAAGAUGUUUUGAGAAAGCUAAUGGCUUUGCCAUACUUACCGGCUGAAUUGAUACCUCAGGCUUUCGAGAAUAUUAUACUUAAUGUAUUAAAUUCAGAAGAUGACAAUGUAUUUCUUCGCCUUGAGAAAUUAAUCGAUUAUUUCAUUAAGCAAUGGCUGAUUCGUCGACCGCCAACUGAAUGGUCACUGUUUAAUGCCGUAAGGAAGACCAACAAUUCCGUCGAAUCCUUCAACAGACAGUUAAAUUCGUUUUUUGGCAAACAUCCGACAAUUUGGGUUUUUUCAACAAGACUCAGAGAAAAACAGACAGAUAUUUAUGAUGAUUAUUUGGCAGUAUUGGAAAACAAAAAGCGUCAAUCUCGUCAAGUUGAAAAUAUGGAAAAAACGAAAGAGAUUUUAAAUUUAAGUGAACAAUUAAAAUUGAAGCUGAUAACACCCACUCACUUUCUUGCAUUUGUUGAAAAAUUUAUUGAUUUUGGCAGAACGGUUGAUUAUUAUUUCGAGUUUUCUGAAACUAGUCCCGCAGAAACUGUUGAAGAAAAUAAUAAUGAGGAUAAUGAACUACAAUCAAAUUCUGAUGUUGACGGUAUUUUAAAUGUAGCUGAGGAAGUGACUGCUGGAACUAGUGCUGGUGGUAGUGUUGUUGAUGAACAGAUAGAUGAGGAUGAUAUGGUUGAUAAUGAAGAUGAUAAUGACAGUGUUGAUGAAGGAGAAAUUGAAUUGACUGAGGAAGAAAAAAAAAAACAGAAAACAUGAAUAAAAGAGAAAUGUUUUUAUGGAAAAUGAAGAAAGCGUUGUCGAGAAACACAUGCAUUGCUUCUGAAAAUGAGGAAGAAAGAAUUAUAAGAGAAGAAACGAUAGAUGUCAAUGAAGAAUGCAAUGUAACUAUUGAUGAAGAUGAAAGAAAUAGAAUAUUAAGAAAAGAUUUGAUGGAAGUUGGUGAGAAAACUAAUGAAAAUAUGGAAACUGCUAAAGAAAAUAAAGUAAAUAAUACUGUAGUACCGGAAACAAACAAAAAUGCAGAGAAGUCAACGUCAAAAAUCCGAAAGAUUGCGCCAAUGAAGCUAAAACGUUUGACAAAAGGCAAGUACGCAAUCCAGAAAGGAAAGAAGCCAAGCAAAAAGGCAAGGAUUGAACUGUCGAAAAAAAAAAUUAAUUGUGAAAAAAAAAA